AUGUCCUCAGCUUCGGAUUACCGAAAAGAAAUGUCUCUACCUACUGUUAGGCAGCGCAGUUUAUUCACAGCAAAUGCGUAUACACAGGGUGAAGUAUAUCAAACGGCUCCGCACCACGCAGACGAGCCUUCAUCCACAUCAAAUAUUGUAAAAUGUUACGAAGUACCCACACACGGCGAAGGUUUGUAUGCAGCAGCCGCAAUGUGCUCAUCAUCGGCAGCAGCUGCAUCCGUGUCUUCAGCAACAUCCCUUACGGCGGCAACAACGUCCUCCUCCUCGAGCCUACAGCCUCUGUGGCGAACACCAGCCGCGAGAGCAGGGAAAUGUCCGACGGGAUUAUAUCCAGGGGAUGAUCUAUAUCCAUAUUUUGAAAAGAAAGAACCAUCGUGGCGUGACCCCAUCUCCGAAGUGGCCCUCGAAAGCAACUCGCCGCCACUGGGGUUGCCCAACGCGCCCACAUCUUUAGGACUGACAGGUGGAGCGACCGCCACUCCUCACGGAACGAUUUCAGUUCGAUUGCGCGAAAGGAUCAGAGUGGACUUGACCAUCGACAAGGCAGUUCGCGUGAUCAAUUUCAAAAACAACAUCGUGAUGAGUCUUGCAGGAACGGGUUCGGCCGCCGCCUUAAUGCACCCUAAUGGCAGAGUCUACCAGUACGGGUCAAGGGUAGAAAUUUUGGCACACGAUAUACACAAUAAUAAUAACCGAUACGCAAAAAUGUGGUACAAAGGCGUCAGUUUUACAAGCGACCAGUGCGCCUUAGUCUACUUAGUCGAUGCUGCCGGAACACGAACGACCACGGACUCCUUCACAGACAUGAGCCAAGAUUUCUCACUGAGCGUCUUUUAUAAUGAAUCACGACAUGGACCCCAGCAUUUCCAAGAAGCCCUAGGGCUGCUCCAGGCAUCUCAAUAUUGGUACACAGACGAUGGCAUCGAUAACUACGUCAUAAAUAACGUUCGAAUCUCCCAGACUCCAGAUGGUUUGGUGAGGAUUGCCAGAAACAGCAACAAAUGUAUGAUCCGCACAAGCCCAGCAAAUGGAUCGGCCACAUUAACGACACCUUUCAUGCAUUGCACGGCAUCCAUGGGACACACGUCGCAUUUAUUCGUCAGACGCGGAGAACGAAGAAUGCAUUUCGACGGAACAUCGUUCAUUGUUCGAAACGCUGGACAUUCGGCAGGCUUCGAUGAGAAGAAUAUGCUAAAAGUCUAUUAA